AUGGCGAAGUCACAGGCGACCUCCCGUCAAAAGCAAUUAUCUCCACCGCAAUCACCUGGACAGCCACAAAAGAUUCCAUCGCAACCAGAAUCAUCUGCACUACCUCCGCUUCCCUUGCUCUCAGCUUCACCUGGCCCUCUGAUGCAGCCACAUCCUUUCGAAUAUCCGGUCAUUGCGCAGAGUCUUGAGCUGGUGAAGACCGCGGUCCAUGUAACAUUUGCUUCAUUAUUUUUCGUGCGAGAAAUCCUGCCCGUCGAGUGUUUUGGCCAUAGACAACAUCCUAUAUUUGAUAAGAAAACAAGAUUCUGCUAUGAGGAGCACUUUGUCAAUGGCAACCCCCCGACAGACGAGGUCCCCUGGAAUGCCAUCAUGAUGGAGCGGGGACGUCAUGAAAAAGCUGACAAGAUUCUCAAUCUCUUAGAAGAUGGAAUCUUUGAUGCUUUGAUACGGCGCCGACUUCUGGCUAUCCAGAUCACCGUAUUCGAGUCAGACAAGACCCGCUCCACUGCCUUCGAGUCUUACACAAUCACUCUAGGAUACGGCAGACGGCAGGGGAAGGCAGGGCGGCUAAGUCACUCUGUCGUCGAUUCCGAGGAUCGAUCUCAAAAUUUGCACGACUCAAGGGCAGUCAAAUAUAGCACUAUGGAUAUGCAAGGAGCCCGGACUUUGGGCUUCCACUUGUUUUAUACCCCUGACUGCCCAGAUGAAUAUCAACCUGCUGGAUUCCAUGAAAGCCAUGGGACUCCGAUCUUGUCCCCGGGCACGGAGUCGAGCUCUACCGCCACUUUCGUCUGCCGCACUAUCGAUACUGGGCUUGAUAGUGUCACUUUAACAGUGCGAUAUAUCGACUCUUCCUUGGACGGCAAUCUUCUAGCCCAGGAAGACUAG